AUGCGCCCGGAGGACGGCGGCCACGGCGCGGCCGGGCUGGGCGAGCUGCGCUCGUGGUGGGAAGUGCCGGCCAUCGCGCACUUCUGCUCGCUCUUCCGCACCGCCUUCCGCCUGCCCGACUUCGAGAUCGAGGAAUUAGAAGCAGCUCUUCACAGAGAUGAUGUAGAGUUUAUCAGCGACCUGAUUGCCUGUCUACUUCAGGGCUGCUAUCAACGAAGGGAUAUCACGCCUCAGACAUUCCACAGCUACCUGGAAGACAUUAUCAACUACCGCUGGGAGCUUGAAGAAGGGAAACCUAACCCUCUAAGAGAAUCCAAUUUCCAGGACCUGCCUCUCCGUACUCGAGUGGAGAUUCUUCAUCGUCUCUGUGAUUACCGACUAGAUGCAGAUGAUGUCUUCGAUCUUCUCAAGGGUCUGGAUGCAGAUAGCCUCCGUGUUGAACCAUUGGGUGAAGACAAUUCUGGAGCACUCUAUUGGUAUUUUUAUGGAACGCGAAUGUAUAAGGAGGACCCCGUACAAGGAAAAUCCAAUGGGGAACUUUCUUUAAACAGGGAAAGUGAAGGACAAAAAAAUGCCUCAGGUGUUCCUGGGAAAACUGGAAAAAGAAGAGGAAGACCUCCAAAACGAAAGAAAAUACUGGAAGAGAUCAUAGUGAAUGAAAAGCAGGAAGAAAACUCCUUGGCAUCUGAGUCACAGACAAGAAAUGUGUCCCAAGGGCCAGGUCAAGGCACUUGGUGGCUCCUAUGUCAAACAGAAGAAGAAUGGAAACAGGUUACCGAGAGUUUUCGAGAGAGGACUUCCCUUCGAGAACGGCAACUGUAUAAGCUUCUUAGUGAAGACUUCCUACCUGAAAUCUGCAAUAUGAUUGCCCAGAAGGAGACCCCUGUGCUUACAAGAAUAGAAAAACAGAAACGCAAAGAAGAGGAGGAAGAACGUCAGAUACUUCUAGCAGUGCAAAAGAAGGAACAGGAACAGAUGCUGAAGGAGGAGAGGAAACGAGAGCUGGAGGAAAAAGUCAAGGCAGUCGAAGAUAGAGCCAAGAGGAGAAAACUCAGAGAAGAAAGGGCAUGGCUACUUUCUCAAGGGAAGGAGCUCCCCCCAGAACUUUCCCAUCUGGACCCUAAUUCCCCCAUGAGGGAAGAAAGAAAGUCUAAAGACCUCUUUGAGUUGGAUGAUGAUUUCACUGCCAUGUAUAAAGUUUUAGAUGUAGUAAAGGCUCACAAGGAUUCCUGGCCAUUUUUGGAGCCUGUGGAUGAAUCUUAUGCCCCUAACUAUUACCAAAUUAUUAAGAUUCCCAUGGAUAUUUCAAGCAUGGAGAAGAAACUAAAUGGAGGCUUAUACUGUACCAAGGAGGAAUUUGUAAAUGACAUGAAGACCAUGUUCAGGAACUGUCGAAAAUAUAAUGGAGAAAGUAGUGAAUAUACUAAGAUGUCUGAUAAUUUAGAGAGGUGUUUCCAUCGAGCCAUGAUGAAGCAUUUUCCUGGUGAAGAUGGAGACACAGAUGAAGAAUUUUGGAUCAGAGAAGAUGAAAAGCGAGAGAAGAGACGGAAUCGUGGUGGGCGAAGUGUUUGGACCCGCUCCAAGGAUUCUGAAGGUCCCAACAGGAAACCGCAGCCUGUGGAAAAUGGAGGGAAAUCUUUGCCACCUACACGCAAAGCAUCCUCUUCUGGGGAUGACCAGAGUAGUAGUUGUACACAGCUCCCUCGAGAUGUUGGUACCUCCAAUGGCCAAGGCUUCUCUUGUCCCCCACAUUAUGAUGGAAUGCCCAACCAGGCACCCCUCAUAAAGCAGAUGAGACCAGCAGUACCAGGAACAUUUGGCCCUCUUCGUGGGUCAGAUUCUACCAAUUUAUAUGUCUCCUCUAGAGUCCCAGAACUACACCCUAGAGAGCCUCUCCAGCAGCAUCAACCUUAUGCCAUGCAGCCUCCAGUUGGAAUUAACAGCCAUCGAGGACCCAAAGUAGGUACACCUGAAGAGAAGCAAGUAUGUGGGGGAUUAACUCACCUUUCUAACAUGGGAUCACAUCCUGGAUCCUUGCAGUUUGGGCAGAUGAUUGGCCCCACUCCAGAAGGAAAUAUAUAUCCCCCAACUCAGUUCCAGUCAGGAUUUGCUCCUCCCAGACACAGUGGUGUUCCAGCCCGACCCCCAGACUUUCCAGAAAGCCCAGAAAUUCCUCCCACUCACAUGUACCGAUCACUUAAAUACCUGAACCGAAUACAUUCUGCUGUCUGGAAUGGAAACCAUGGUGCUACAAACCCAGGACCCCUGGUGCCAGAUGACAAGUCUCCCAUGGGGCUCAUCCCCUCUCAUCAGCCUCGUACUCUUGGUCAUAUUAUGGAUUCCCAAGUGAUGAGACCACAUCUCUCGUCAAACCAGUGGACUGAACAAUCAAGCUUUCUACCUCAUGGAGUUCCUUCUUCAGGGUAUAUGCAGCCACCUUCUAAAUCUGGAGGACAUCAGUUACAGCCACCUCCCAACCCAGCACCAGGUUCACUCUUUGGAGCACCUUCCCAGACUCUGCGUGGGAUGCAGGGAGGGGACUCCAUGAUGGACAGCCCAGAGAUGAUCGCCAUGCAGCAGCUGUCUUCCCGAGUCUGUCCAUCAGGUGUGCCUUACCAGCCCCAACAACUGACUCCACCCGUGCUCCCUGGCACUUUCCCACAAGUGGUUCACACCACAUCUGUGGGUGUGUCAACCCCCAAACCUGUCCUGGGGAACCCUAGAAUGACACAGGACAACAGUGAAACACAGGAGCCUGAGAAUGACAGAGAUCCCUUGCCUGGACUUCAGGAUAAGCCACUAAGUGUUGGUGCUUCAGAGAAGGUGUAUCUCAAACAACUACCUCACCCUACACCUCCUCUGCAAACUGGUUGUACCAGGCAGAGCUCACCACAGGAAAGGGAAACAGACGGUCCAGAGCUCAAAGGCGACGCCUCAGAAUCUAGAGACAACUGUAAAGCAACAAAGAGCAAAAGUACCUGGCCCUCAGAGAAUAGUUACUCGAGCCCAGCAGCCCAAGAAUGUAUGAGAGAUCUCUCCACUCUGGCAGAUAGAGGAGCUCUACCUGAAAAUGGAGCCAUUGUUGAAUCAACCCCUUGUGGAUCUGAGACUAAAGGCCUUGGAAAUAAUGGUUCAGAAAAGCCUCUGUGCUCCAGAAGCAAAAUAUCGCAAGAAACCAUGCCAUGUACAGCACAGAAUCCAACUACUUCCAGUACAGACACCAGUUUGAUGGGAAGUACUGUCAGCCAGUUUUCUCCCUUGUAUAUGCCUGUCCUGGAAUAUGCAAAUUCAGCUACACAUUAUCACCUCAAUCCGGGCCUACAAGGCUUGGGUACUGUAAUGGGGGGUAAACCCUCAGUAUCACAUCCCCACAAUUUUACCCCUAGGGGCUUUCAAUCUAACAACCCCCAUACUGGAAUCUUUCCCCGGUAUCGCCCCCACCAAGGAAUGAAGUACUCCUAUCAACCACCCCCUCAGCACUCCUAUCAUCACUACCAGCGAACUCCUUAUUACACAUGUUCUCAGGGUUUUUCUGACUGGCAGAGACAUCUCCAUCCCCCAGGAAGUCCAACUGGACCACCUCCUAGUCAGCCUCCCCCACCGAGGCCCCUCUUCCCAGACAAGAACUCCAUGGCUAAUCUACAAGGCUGUGAAUCACUGAAUGCUUCCUCGAGCCAAAUGGAUGUGAUGACUACUAAAGUAGUCACAGCUGAUGGGCAGAAUCCUGGUCCAGAGGAAGAAAAGCUGGAUGAAUCACUGGAGAGGCCAGAGAGUCCCAAAGAAUUUCUAGACCUGGACAACCAUAAUGCAGCUACCAAGCGACAAAGUUCACUAUCAACUAGCGAAUAUCUUUAUGGAACUCCUCCUCCACCUCUGAGUUCAGGAAUGGGGUUUGGUUCUUCCCCUUUCCCAACCCAUAGCAUGAUGCUACAAACGGGGCCUCCUUACACACCACAGCGACUAGCUAGUCAUUUUCAGCCCAGGGCUUACUCUUCCCCUGUGGCUGUUCACCCACAUCAUCAUCCAGUGGCACCCCAGCCCAAUGGCCUCUCUCAGGAAGGCCCCAUCUAUCGUUGCCAGGAAGAAGGCCUGGGUCACUUUCAAGCUGUAAUGAUGGAACAAGGUGGCACUGGAAGUGGAAUAAGGGGACCUUUCCAAGAAAUGUACAGACCAUCAGGAAUGCAGAUACAGCCAUCCCUGUCACAGCCCUUGUUCCCAAAGCCCCCAGCAUCACAGGAGGACUUACCAACACAUAAGCCCCCAACAGUUCCUCUUGAUCAGAGUUAGUCCAAGGAAAUAACUCGAUGAAAAUGGACAGCUGCACAUGAAGACUAGAACAUGAAGAAUAAGAAUGUGGGCAAGAUCCUCCCAUUGGUCUUUCUACCACACCAGCAAUCAGUCCCCUCCACAGCACGAAGCAUCC